AUGACCCAAGAUGAGAAUGAGGGCCGCCUGGCGGUAACGUGUCUUCCUUCUUUCGACAGGACAUCUGAGGACGAGCGUAAAGCUAAGGUGAGACCAGCCCUCGCCAUGUUUCGUCUCGCCCUACUUGUUACCCUUGCUGCUUUAGCAGCUUUGUCCGUGACUGCGACUCCAUGCUUCAGAUGCCAAAGCGGUGUGAUUGAAUCAAAGCGAUGCACAACCCGCGCGCUGAAAUGUAUCAACGAGGAUCGGAAUUACACUUUUCCUGAGCCGUUUUUGGAGAGGCCAGCUUUAGUGUCUUCGAUCAUAGGCUACGAAUAUAAGGGUGACCGACAUGGCCGUAUGGUGAUAAGGCCGAUGGCCGUCAGGCCAACCCACACCACGGUGAGAUUAGGCACCUGGGGAGACACCUACUUUCAGUUCUUGAACAUUUCCUUUAUUGCCUGUGGACUCAUGGAUGUCUAAUCCAUGGAGAAUCUGUUCAAUCUGUUUUACCACAUAUUCUACAAUCGUCUUAUUGCCAUCUGUGCUUAGUGUUGCUGAACCUUGUAUCACUUAAUGGUUACAUUUACCUAAUUAAUUAUCUGUAACGUUUAUUGUUUACCGUGGUUAUGGGUACGUCAAACUUUUAAAUUUAAUCUUAUGCUCUCAUUAAAUCUACAGUUUAUUAUAUGUAAAUAUAUAUGUUGCCCGUUGCUGCAUGAAAGAGUUGACCAAUGUACGAUGUAUCUGAUUAUGAAAUUACACUGUUGACAAAGAAUUAAAUAAACGCAUUUGUUGAUGUGGAAUUCCA